AUGGUCGCCCCGGACGUGUUCACCCCCCGUGCAUUGUACGACGGCCAGGCGAUCGCGUACGCCCCUCGAGAGCUCGCGCUCGCGAACAAUGGAAGCGGGACUUUCAAUGUUAGAUUGGGCGAAAAUCGUGCUGCUGAACUGGGGGCAAGGGGGACGUAUCAGAUCAGGUUUACGUUGACGCUUGGUGAACAAGUUGAUGCAAAGCAUGUCUAUGAUUUGAUUCGCGAGAGGAAGACCUCGACUCGAGCACUUGUCGCAACGAACCUAAUCCAGCUUAUCAUGCGUCAAGGCCCGAACAUGCACCAUACCAACAACGGCCGAGCGCAUUUUACUGGAAAUGAAAAGAUUACCCUUCCCAACAGCGGGCUCGAGCUCUGGAGAGGAACCUUUUUAUCUGUCAGGCCCACGAUGGGCAAGAUGAUUCUCAACGUGGACACUUGCUCUGCCGCUGUGUACCAAAGUGGCCCUCUUAUCGCGAUAUGCAUGCAGAAACUACGUCUUCGCGACGCCCGCGAGCUGGACUUGGGAGAGCGAGACCCGCGCUUCAAGACACUCGAAAAGUUCCUCAAGGGUCUGAGGAUGAAGGUAAAAACCGGAGGUGGGAGAUCUCGCACGCAGACUAUUCGCGGUCUUGUCGCAAACGCGGGCGAAUUCUCCUUUUGGAAGGAUGAUACUGUCGAGAUGACAGUUGCUGAUUACUUUUACCAAACGCACAACAUCCGCCUCCAGUAUCCCGGAAUAAUUGGCGUUCGUCUCACACCAGACAGCAGCCCUCGUAAAGAUGUUGUCCCAUUGGAGCUCUGCGAGUUGGAAUUUGGCCAACUCUUCAAGAGAAAGCUCCCUGAUGAGCUGACUGCUGAUAUGGUUAGAUUUUCAGCGAUGAGGCCUCAGGAGCGCCUCCGAAAAAUCCAAGCAGCUGCCAAAGAAACUGGGGGCUAUGACUUUGUUCGUGAAUCUGGGAUGCAUAUGGACAUCAAUCCCAUGAGGAUUGAUGCGAAACUGUUAGAUGUGCCUCAACUUCACUUCGCUAACCUGCAGAAACCCCUGGAUAUCACGAAUGGCGCUUGGAACGUCGUGCGUCAACGCUUCACGAACCCUGCGAAAAUGAAAUAUUGGAUAGUAGUUUCUUUUGUCAACAACAUCGAUCAAGGGGCAAUCGCUCAGCGCAUGACUUCUGGCGGUGCCAGCUUGCUCAAAUCGUGCCAGAACCUUGAAAUAAGCCCUACGCCAUUGAUCAAGGCUCGCGCUAAUCCACAUGAUGCUGCAGGCGUAUUGUAUCAAUCUGCCCGACAGUACUCCAAGCAAAUAGGUGUUCCGGAUGACAAUGACAACUUUGACCUUUUUUUGGGACAGUUGAUGGUGAUCGUAAUAUUGCCAACUAACGCCGCGGGAAUUAGGAGUGCGGUCAAAUAUUGGGGUGAUGUUAAGCAAGGGGUGGCCACACAAUGCAUUAGAGAGUCCAAAUUUGAUAAAGCGAAUGAUCAGUAUUGGAAUAAUAUUGCUCUAAAAAUAAAUGCUCGUCUUGGUGGCACGAACUUUUUCAGCACCUCGGAGGCGCUCAAGGAAAUCAAGAGUGAACCCUUCAUGAUCAUGGGUGCUGAUGUGGGACAUCCUGGUCCAGGUGUUCAAAAGCCCUCCGUUACCGGGAUUGUCUACUCUUACGAUCAAAACGCGACCCGAUACGUUGCUUUGACGGGCAUCCAGCCUCCCAGAGUUGAACAGAUCGUUGAUCUGAAGAAAUAUGUUUACCGUGCGAUUAACAGCUUUGCUGUGAAGAACAAUGGGCCUCCGGCUCGGUUGAUCUUUUACAGGGAUGGGAUAUCCGAGGGUGAAUUUAACAAAGUGGCCGCAAUCGAAAUUGGGGAUAUCAAAGAGGCCUUGGUGAAAGUGUACAAGGACAAUACAGUGCCGGCGAAUAAGCCCCUGCCUCUGUUGACCUAUAUCGUUGUCGGUAAACGCCACCAUGCCGUUUUCUUCCCCGGUGACCAACAGGGCGCAGACCCAAGGAAUGGCAAUGCACUGGCAGGUUCUUUGAUCGACAGCGGCAUCACUCAUCCCGCUGUUCGUGACUUUUACUUGCAGAGCCACGCAGCAAUUCAAGGAACCUCCCGCUCGAGCCAUUAUGUUGUUUUGCACGAUGAAAACUGGAAUUUCAAUAUGAAAAGGGUGCAACAAAUCUCGUACACCCUUUGCUACAACUAUGCAAAGGCGACACGUUCAGUUUCCAUUCCUGCUCCUGUUUAUUCUGGUAUGCUCUCGUGGAAUGUUCCACAUCGACCCCAACGACAGGGAGCUCGGCUUCGACGACAACACCACCACCGCCUCGGGCUCUUCCACUACCUUGGACAUGAGCAGGUGGCAAAGCGCCUUCCAGCCCGUCCACAGAAGACUUUCUAA